AUGGAAGAUUUUAGUCAUCGGUGUGCAGGUGAUCCAUUGAUUGACCGUCAGAUUGAGCUGGUAAAGAAAUUAGAAGAAAAUGGUGCAUCAGUGAAAGGAUCAUCAAACGAUAUUCCGAGUAGUAAUCCCUUUACCCUUACUCAAAAGGACAUCCAGAAAAUGUGCAAAUCCAAAAAUUCGACAAACACAGAUGAUUUGAAUGACGAUGAUAUGGUCCACAUCCCAAACUUGACAUAUAUGCUUAGGACCAGCAACCCCUGCCUCAUCCGAUCCAGAAACCCUUUACACCUUUCAAAAGACAUAUCUAUAAACCAACACAAUGGCACUUGGGCUCGCAUAUAUGUACCCCGGGAAGCAUUUGACUCCUCUCCGGACACAAAAUUGCCUGUGAUAGUUUACUUUCAUGGUGGAGGAUUCAUUGUAGGCAACGUAUCCACACCUCUGUUUGACGAUUUGCACACUGAACUCGCGAUUGAAAUCCCAGCAGUGAUCAUAUCAGUUGACUACCGCCUUGCUCCAGAGCACCGACUUCCGGCAGCCUACAAUGAUUGCCUGGAAGCAUUGCACACGAUUAAAGAUUCCAACGACGAAUGGUUGGAAAAGUAUGCUGAUCUAUCAAAGUGUUUUCUCAUGGGCACUAGUGCAGGUGGUAAUAUAGCCUACCAUGGAGGAUUACUUGCAGCUGCAUGUGUUGAUGAUCUAAAGCCUUUGGAGAUAAAAGGGUUGAUAUUGCAUCAUCCAUUUUUUGGCGGGACCAGGAGGACUGAUUCAGAAUUGAGGAUGGCCAAUGACAAGGUAAUACCACUUUGUGCAACUGAUUUCAUGUGGGAGCUAAGCUUGCCAAUUGCGCGGAUAGAGACCACGAGUUCAGCAAUCCGAUGA